UCCAGACAUCACAAAGAAAAUUAACACACUCUCUGACAGUGAUGAUGGAAGUGGUGCUUUCAACGAUUACAUCGCCAGAUUCGUCGAGAUUUCGACAAAUGCCCAAAAUAAUGAGCACCAAGAAAAGCACAUGUCGCUGAAGGAAGGUCUGAAAACUUUCCCAAAAGCUGCCUGCUGGUCGAUUGUGCUUUCCACAGCCAUCAUCAUGGAAGGAUACGAUACCACGCUCCUGAACAGUCUGUACUCAAUGCAAUCUUUCGCCAAAAAGUACGGCAAGUACUACCCAGAAAUUGACCAGUACCAGGUCCCUGCCAAGUGGCAGACAUCGCUUUCGAUGUCGACUUAUGUCGGUGAAAUUGUCGGACUGUACAUUGCAGGUCUUGUUGCCGAGAAAUGGGGAUACAGGCGUACGUUAAUAUCGUUCAUGGCAGCCGUUGUGGGUUUAAUCUUCAUUCUUUUCUUUGCGGUCGACGUGCAGAUGCUGCUUGCCGGCGAGCUGCUCUGUGGUAUUGUCUGGGGUGCAUUCCAGACCCUCACAGUGUCAUACGCCUCGGAAGUGUGUCCAGUAGUUCUGAGAAUCUACCUUACCACUUAUGUCAAUGCUUGCUGGGUUAUCGGACAGUUGAUUGCUGCUUGUUUGCUGAGAGGCACUAUGACCCUGACCAGCGAGUGGUCAUACAAGAUUCCUUUCGCUGUCCAGUGGAUCUGGCCUGUGCCAAUCAUGAUUGGAAUCUACCUGGCCCCGGAGUCGCCCUGGUGGCUGGUUAAAAAGAACCGAGACGCAGAAGCUAAGAAAAGUAUCACAAGGCUUUUGAGUCCAAACACCGAGGUGCCAGAUGUUGCUCCGCUAGCCGAGGCAAUGCUGAAUAAAAUGCAACUAACCAUCAAGGAAGAGUCUGCGCGCACGUCCAAUGUCUCGUACUUUGACUGCUUCAAACACGGGAACUUCAGAAGAACAAGGAUUGCCGCCAUGAUCUGGCUCAUCCAGAAUAUCACUGGAUCUGUCUUGAUGGGCUAUUCGACCUACUUUUACAUCCAGGCAGGACUUGACAGCAGUAUGUCUUUCACUUUCUCUAUCAUCCAAUAUGCACUCGGUCUUCUUGGAACACUUGCCUCGUGGCUCCUCUCGCAAAAAUUGGGCCGUUUUGACAUCUACUUCUUGGGUCUGAGCAUAAACACGUGCAUUCUGAUAAUUGUCGGAGGUUUGGGCUUUUCUUCGUCGACGAGUGCGUCUUGGGCAAUUGGCUCGCUGCUCCUUGUCUUCACUUUUGUCUACGACUCGUCCAUCGGUCCCAUCACCUACUGCACGGUUGCAGAAAUCCCUUCGUCGACGGUGCGUGCCAAGACCGUUGCCCUUGCAAGAAACUGGUACAAUCUGUCUCAAAUUCCGCUCUCCAUUGUCACUCCGUACAUGCUGAACCCGACUGCUUGGAACUGGAAAGCAAAAGCGGCCCUUUUAUGGGCAGGCUUGUCUAUUUGCUCACUGAUCUACAUCUGGUUUGAAUUCCCAGAAACAAAAGGAAGAACUUAUGCUGAACUGGACAUCCUCUUCAAAAACGGUACCAGUGCCCGUAAAUUUAGGUCCACUCAGGUGGAAACAUUCAAUCCUCAGGAAAUGUUAAAAAAAAUGAAUAAUGAGGAUAUUAUACAGGUUGUUGAUGGCGACCUGGACGCCGGUGCGGCCACUGCUAAAGUUUAAAAAUGAAAUGUAUAGUUUCAGUUCUGCGAUGUUAUUACUUUACAAUUGAAUAUGUUU